CCAUAAUUCGACAUGUCUGAAACGGAGCCAUGAAAAUAUUAAAAAUUAAAUAAUAAAUACAUAUAAAGCCGAAAUUUUGCAGUUUUUUAAUUUUAUUAUUAUUAAUUUAAUUAAUUAAAAAAAUGAAAAAUGAUUUUAGUGUUUUAAUUUAUUUUUUUUUUACCAGCAUUCAUGUUAAGCAAUUAACGAAAGAGCGCAAAGCCAAAAAUGAUUUGAUUUGAGUUUGAUUGUUUUUUUCUAGAUAUAUAGUUGUAUACCUUUGUCAAAAAAAUGUUAUUGUUUUGGUUGAGUUUCUGUCAUUAAAACUAGACAAUUAGAACAGAAGGUGGACUGAUUUUCGCCCUUGCUGUAGCAUAAUGAGCAGUCUCACUCUUUUCUUCAUUUUUUCAAGAAUAGCAUGUGCAUUUUUUGUGUAAAAAAACUAAAUCAAAAAGGCUGUUUGAUAGAAAACAUUUCAUAUUGACGGCUGUGGUUGAGACUGAACGGAUCUCGCACAGAGACGGCGACCAUUGGCUUAUUACUUAUGACAGGUGCUAUGAGCAUGACAAUUCGGCGUUGUGGUGUAAAGAUGACUGGUCAAUCACCCUCUUGAACCGAUUCGUUUUAAGAAAAACACAAAUAAAUUUCUUGCAACUCAGAACUGACUGAGCGGCACAAAUCGAUGUGUAAAUCUGCACGAUGGUCCCCACGCCAAGCCCUGGUCUGCUUGAUGAGAUAAGUGAACAUCAGCCUGGAGAAGUCGUGCGUGUGUAAUGGUCGCCUGGGGUUAAACUGCAGAGCGGCUGCUUGUGGCUUCAAGCCAGAGCUGACGACUGCGCCGGAGCUUCCCGAGCACCGCCGAUCUCGGAUGGUCCACAAACCCGACAAGCUAUUCGCCCCCAUUUAAGACUGUUGUGGCCGUGUUGGGGGUGAUGGGGGUGGAGCAGAUCCGUGGGAUAGAGAGGAAAAAAGGUGGAUAUCCAGAAGCCAUCACUUCUGAGCCCCUCCCAGUCCAGUGAUUUUCGGAUUCAAGGCUUGAUAAAGAGACAGAUUAUUCAAGAUGAAAGUAAUCAGCGCUGCAGUGCUCAGCGCCCUGUUUUGCACUGUGGUGUCAGCAUCUUUGAAAGUCAAAGAGGAACACAAGACGGCCUUCUUUGGGGAGGACAUUCACAUCGAUGUCCCGCCUGGGAAUGUUAGUGAGGUUGUGUUCAAACCCAGGACCAAUCGCUCCUCUGUGGUGGUUCUGCUGCGAGCAGGCCAGGUGGUGAAUCCACGGGGCCGAAUCAACCUUCUGGGCCACCUGGUGCUGGAGGACGUGCAGGAGGAGGACGAGGGCGUGUACGUGAUCAAGAACACCCACAACCCCAACAUGGUCAAGCACCUCCUCCUCACUGUCAGGGACUGCGCUUUGGAGCAAGUGGUGAAGUAUGGGGAAAGCUACACCAUCCAUCUGAACCAUGUCGAUGGCCCCAUCACCCUGGAGUUCAGGCCCAGUCUGGUUCAGCCCAACCAGACCGAGACACAACAUACAACCGAGCCUCCACCCGUGGUGCUCUACAACCAGACGGCGGUGUCAGCAGAGGAAUAUGUGGGACGCCUCAGCGUGACGGAGAAGCAGGUGAUGCUGCACUCGGUGAGGGUGACCGACGAGGGGAGCUUCACAGUGCUGGACCGCGAGGGCAAAGUCAGGAGGAGGAACUGUCUGAACGUCAGAGAGCACCAGAACUUCUUGCACCUCACCUAUGGACAGAACCUGAAGAUGAAACUCUACCUGCACCAUUCCAAUGUUAACGUCAUCUACAGGCCCAAGUCAGACAAUGUGGACCGGGUCAUCCUGGACCAGGGGGUUCUGGUGACACCACUGGACCCUCUGCUGGAGGGCAGGCUGACCGUGAAGGGAUCAGAGCUCAUCAUGAAGAAGGUCCAUAUGGCUGACACGGGGGUCUUCAAAGUGACAGACCUGGCUGGGUUUCCUGUGGCUCAUGUCUACAUAGAGAUAGAUGCCUAUAAGCUGCCUCCCCUGACUGUAGCCAUCCUCUCCCUGCUGAGCCUGAUCGCCUUCAUGCUGCUGGUGUGCCUGCUGUCCUGUCUCUAUAAAAUCCAUAAGAGGAACCAGAAGAACAAGAAGCUGAUGCUCAUCGCUCAGCAGGCCGGCAAGGGAGACGGCGAGGCUUUCAGACAGGUGGUCCAUGAGGCUUACAGCAGGUUCACUGAGGAAUCUAUGAUGCAGUCCAUGUGUGAGAAUAUCCCGGAGAGCACAGAGGUCACAAUCAAGGGCCUUGAGGUGACCAAACCAGGAUGCUACCAGGCUCUCAGCUCUGACAACUUUAUGGAGAUGAGUGACUCUGGGGUGGAGUUCACCACCUCUGGCGUCCCACUGGACAGUGACACUGAUGCUGCGAUGACCUACGCCUCCCACAAGCCCCUCCUGAACGCCAUCUCUCCUACAGCCGUGAUCCAAGGGGCUCAGUCCGACAGCAUGGCGGCCACCUUGACCCCCCACGGCGACCUCAGUGCCAGCCGGACCCCUGACUCUGUCAUGAGUGCCAGCCCUGUGUCCAAUCCUCGCUCCCUUGCAGGUGUGACCCCUGAUGGCAGCCUGUGCGGAGCUGCAUCGCCGGGAGCAGCCUCCAGGGGCACCGCUGGGUCGGAUUCAGCCAAGACAGAGGGAGGGGCCGAGAGCGGAGAAGCUGGGCAGAAGGAGGGGUCCACUCAGAGCACCUGAGACCAUGCACCAGGGUGUAUUUCUUUUUUAGCUCAUGGUCCUUAUACAGUAACGACAUCCACAUCUACUCUUGCUCUGUGUUCCUGGGAACCCUAGCAUCUCCAUCUCCACCACCAAAUCCUUGAUCACUGCAUUUGAUGCAACAUCACAGACAAAAUAUUCAUGCUUGGAUCUGGAUGACAGUUUAGCUGAGACGAAAAACAAACAAACAGGCAGUUGCACAAAAUGCACAAUAAGAAAUUGAAUGCACUUAAUGGGAUGCAAAAAAAAAAGAAUAAAAAACCUAACCCCUAUCAAAUGAAGAACAAAGCAAUUCUGUGCAUAUGGAAAAUGCAUGCAUUUAAAUUAAACAUUAAAGUAGGUAUCAUAGUUCAGAUCUGCAGGGAAAUGCUAACGUUAGAGUAGACUGACUGCAUGCAAGCUUCAAUGGGCCAAAGAAGCACAGGCUCAAGAAGAAGCUGUGAAAAUGGCAAAACAUUCUCAGCACUUUCAGGAAAACACCUAAAUGGGAUCAGCUGGCUUUAGCUCCUGUGGAAAGGCUGUCAAAAAAAAAAUUCAGGAGUCUGGCAGUUUGACAGGUAGAGUUGAUACGCUGCGAGGAGUCAGACAUCGUUUUCUAAGACCAAGGCUACUAACAACAACAGCAAAGAGCUCCGUCUGUAUUCAGGUGAAUCUCAAUGCAUUGCUUCUGACAGGGCUUUUGCACGCACACACGGCAUUAGACAAACGCUGCGAUGGUUACAUUUCUUCCCACCCACACACAGACUCUAUUAUUAACAGUACAAGCAUGUCAGAAAGCAUCUCCACCUCUCAGAAGGAAGUGCUUGUCUCAGCACUCAUUCACCGCUAUCCGUGACAAAAACCUCCUCAAACGUAUUCUUCUAAAAACCCUGCAAACUGAAACAAGCUCCGUAGAUUGAACACCACCCUCUUCCGCAUGUGCUGGUGGUUGUUUUCCUUUCUCUCAUAUCUUGGGUGUCGAAGCUGUCACGUUUGAAGACAUCAUCCAAGAAAAAAACCCAUCGAAACGUCAUCUCAUCUCACUCAUGCCAACGGUGAAUGCUGGAGAAAACACUCACACAUGACAGCUAACUGUAGACUCUAUCCUCAUCUGACUUCAUUUGAGAGUUUGAGUUGUCACAAGCCCUGUCAGAGCAAAACCGAAUUUGAAGAAUGCUGUGCAACACUGCUGGGACUUUUGGAACAGCUCACAAGAACAUAAUUGGAUUCUUGUUCUCUUCAGAGGAAGGACUGCUUCACAGACACCAUGGAGUGAUGAGAGGUGAUAAAAGAGGCGACAGAGAUGGAACAGGGUAUUAUUCAGGCAACAGAUAAAUGACUUGCAUGCUUUAAAGCCUCCUAUUUUCAUCUCAGCCUCCAUCCAACGGACAGAGCUCUGAUUAUUGCGGCCCGGUUGUUUGCCAAAAAUGAAGUCACAGGAAAGACACAGUCGGAUCAAUCUGUGAUAAGGACGCAGCCGACAGCCCUAAUGGAACGAGGCUGAAUCACCAUAGUAUGUGUGCACCAAUAAUAUUAGACCUUUAGUGCACAGAGGCACGAUUUCUUUCAGUCCAUGAAAAAUAGGAAAUGAAAAAUUGGAGGACAUGCUCAGAGUAUAAAAAUUAAUAGUUAAAGUCUGUGGGUACAUUUGCUGCUUGUACUCCAUGAAUCAGUGACAUUGAUGUGACUGACAGAACCAGUAUCAGUAUUAAAGGGUCGUCUCUCACCGUCCGCUCAACCAUAAACAAGAGGAAGGUCAAAUGUUUACAGAUAUUUCAGUUUAAAUGUUUUCAGCUUCUCUGUAACCAUGUUACGCCUCCCGUCGGAUCAGGGGCAUUCCAAUCCCAACAACUGACAGCUCAUACUGUACAUUUCUUUCAUGCAGAGAGCUCAAAAGCAUGUGUGGGAUUACAAAAGAGCCUCAAGACGUGACAGGGUGUGGUGCAGAAGUGGUGAGGCAGCUUCUAAAUGACGUCCGUGGAUAAAAUCUGCAGUCCUGCUGUUUUAAAGUUUGGUUUGUUUGAGGCCUGGACGCAUCAGCGGCGGCUCAUUUAACCACACACUAACCACACUCAAUAACAGUAAACACAUUUUGUGGGAGAGAGACAAGAACACAAGUGAUGACCACAGAAAUACAAAUGGGAGAGUAGAAAGAAGUUCAAACAUGUUGAAAGCGAAGCACAAACAAAGUGAGUUAAAUUAAGCUCUCACUUCUGUAACAACUGCUGUCCAAACGUGCCCCCCCACCUCCACAGGGCCAAGCAGUCUGCACAGAGCUCGUGCACACUAAGACUGCAGCACUUUCACACCUUUAUGCAAUCCGAGCAGUCAGAGCUGUAUCUUUGUGAUCUGUCCCGACGACCCCAUUUAGACAUCGCUGUUAAUGUUUCCAUCGACGGCUGCUUGCAGCAUGGCUACCUCUGUGUGCUGUAAAUGAAUUGAUGUCAACAUGGAAGGUCUGCAAGCUGUACGACCUAAACCUCUACGGGUUACUAAAAGCAGCCAGACAGAAAAGCACAAAAUUUAGCAUGUGUGAGCCUUCUGAAGCGAGAAAAAGGUUCACACUGCAGUUAAAAGUGGCAACAAAUACGUAGCAGCUAUUGUAAAUAAAUGAUGGAUCUGCAAAAAAGCGACCAGAAUAACAAGCUCCCUUCUUAUUCAGGAAAAUCAAGUUUGAACUGAGUCUUUAUUUACUGCAGACGUUAAAUUCGGAACCACGAGUGUGUAAAAUGACUCGCUGAAGUGUUGAUUUUGUGUGUGUGUUAGAGCAUCGCUCUGCUCAUGCAGGGACUUCUCGACGUCUUAAUUCAUAAGGCCUGAUAUGACGGUUUAGUGUGCUAAUGAUAACUUGAUGGUCGAAGGAAUUUCCAGUUAAAUCUAAAGCAAUAUUAAUGAUAAUGGCACUGAGGCAUCACUAUCAUCCACCGGGCGGAAAGAGGACUCUGACGUAGCACAUCUCAUCAUCAGUCACUCUUAAUCAUCCCCUUUUUUUCCACUGCUGUAAAUAUAGAAGAUAUGUGGUCUGCAUGUGUACAGUAUGAAAAUGCUAAUGUGUUUCCUACCACAAGGCUUAUGCAAGAUUUUAUAUACUUUCAAAGCACUGCACUGAUCCUCACUCAUCCACAGUAGGAGUAGAAAACCAACAUGUAAGAGACUCUCUAGUUUAAUUCAUGCAACAUGUUCACACAGCGAUGCUCUGUGAAAUCCUUUCAUCAGAAUUCGUGCUGGAGUAUCUGUAGCCACCUGUGGGGUGCGCUGUCUGACACGGGGUGUUGCUCUGAAUCAUGGAUUCUUAUUUAGACUCCUCAUUUCAAGUCCAACAAAGCAGAAAAUCAGCAUGUUGUACGUUAAUGUCAGAAAAGUCCCAUUUCUGUUGAACAUUGGUUUAAUAAAAUAUAAUCUUAAUAAUAAAAAUAAAACACGCCAAUAAAAAACACCUGAUUUAAGUAUAAAUAAACUUAUUUAGCAUACAUAUUUAGCCUAGCUUAGCACAAGGAUGCACAGGUGAAACAGGGGAAAACUGCUAGCCCCCUUGAAUGGAGGAGCUCCACAAAUACUCAUGUUCAUCCCCCCAAGCAGAUGUGUGGGAAAAUCUGUUAACAUGUGCCUCCUAGUUAAGUCUGAGAUGUUGAGAACUUCUGUAAUUUCCACCACCUGGUGAAAAGAUGCGCAGCCACGGCAACAAACCACUCGCAAACUGGCUACAAAGCUACCGCUGCCAGUAGCCAUAUUAACGCUAAUGCAAUCUUUUUUAAAAAGGAGGGGUUUAUUCUUUAUCUGGUUUCAGUUCAGCUGUCUUUGCCACAAAUCUGCUCUGAAUACACUUCUAGCAAUGCGGGGAAACCUCUUGGAGUAGCACAGGAAUGUGCAGGGAGACGUACUUCACUUAUUUCCAUUCUGCCAGCAUCAUUUGAAUGCAGCAUAAGAACCAAAUCAGCAUUUUAUAUUCCAUUAAUGAUGUUGGGUGAAAAGAUUUAGACCCCCCCUCCACGCCCGUUUUAUCUUCUGCUGAUAUAAAUAAACCAACCAGGAAAUUCACCAAUUUCGGGCCUUUGUGGAGAGCUAGAUAUGUUGGAAUAAUAAUGCAAAAGUUCAGGCAGCCACUGCUGCUGAUGAAAGCUUUAUGAAAGGAUUUCACUUUCUGUCAUUCAACCCCGUCUGAUGUUUUCUAUUUCAUUACACAUCAGAGCCGCUAUUCACAAAGCCUCUCAGAACAGAAGUGCUGAUCCGUGUGUGGGUAGGGGGGGAGAUUUAAUAAAAUGUUCUUUCGGUUCUGGUAGAUUCGCUCUUCUGUUAAUCUACUAUUCUCUGUAAUUCCAAAGAAUAUAAUGAAAUGAUGCCUGCAGUGUCGCAGUUUGCUAAUACCUCUGAUUAUAACAGAAAUUUGCUUUUUAAAUAUCAGAAGAACCGUCAACUGCAGCUUCUGACACUAAAGAUGGGUUCAUUUUAAUUCACUCCAGUGCAAUUCAGCGGCUCUUGCUGUGAUUGAAUUUAGUCUUAUCUUUCAUUCAGGAUGGAGAAAGUAAUUGAAAAUCAGUGGUCUUUGUCAUUUUAAGUUCACUCUGUGAUACACAGCGUGAACAUUUUUAUGAAUAAGGAACACAUAAUUCCUAAUCAGGUGGAUAUUCAUUUGGACAAACUGAUUCCAGUUCAGCAGCGCUCCUCCUCUGGGCUACACACUCAGAAAUACUUUUCACUUUGUCUGCUUGACAAAGAUUUGUCACACUUCCGUCCCUGCCCUGAUGCUCCCAGCACCCGAGAAUGUGUUUUAUACAAGAAAAAAAGUAAUAGUCCGAGAAAUAAUUUUCAUAUCAGCAGUGUGUUUGUUUUACUUUGGGACAAACGUGCGUCUUUCCAAACUAGACGAGUGCUUUUGGUGAAAAAAAAUAAAUAAAUAAAUAAAAUUCACAGCUCCUUUGAAUGAAUGAUAGCACGUGCUUCCAUACAUGUCUGUGAGAAUUUUUUGUAGCAUCACAUUUAACACCAAAAAAAGAUUACUCUUGCUACUAAUAUGCUUCGUCUUCCUCUUCUAUUAUAGCCUUUAUCUGCUGUCCCAGUAUAUCCCUGAGAGUUAGUGUAACUGCAGCAUGCUGACCUGUAGAUUGCUUGUGGGACAGCAGCCAUGACGCUCAUAGAUAACGAUGAUAGGAAUAAUAUGAAUUGCACUGUUCUGUACAGCUGGCCCUCAUGAGUCCAUCCUGAUGUCUGGCCCCGUUUUCCCAUGAUCCUCCUGAUCCUCGGUGUCACCCUUCACUGCUGGCUUUCAUGAGUCGUAGUUAAAGGAGAAUACUGAUUAUUAUUAUUUGUUUAAUUGAUGCCAGCUUUUAUCUCUCACUGGUGUCGGUGCAGCUGAAUCAAGAAAGUUUGUUUACAGCCAUUCAUUAUUUUUAAUGAAAAAUAAAAUCUAUCAUAAAUAUUUCCAUUAGAACCUGAAGCCUCCAUUUGACAGUCACGCCUUGUUUUUUGUGUAUUUUAUUGCUAUUAUUGAAUAAUUUCUGUCCAUCUCAGGUGGAAAUAAACAUCUCCACCUGAAAAUAAAUAAUGUUUUUAACAUAUAAGCUUACUAA